GGACACACUAGCCCAGAGUGGGAGACAUAUGUCAAGAUUUGCCUUUAAGGAGCUGGGAAAAGGCGGCCGCACUAGCUCACUCCGGUUGGCAAGUGCCCAAUUACAAAGGCCUAAGGCCUUGCCAGAAGAAGGACACGGUAGCCCACUGGGAGCAAAAGAACUGCUACUGCGAGCCUGGCUCCAGAAACAGGUUUGUUUGCGUCGCCCUGCACAUUUUUCACCUUUAACGACUUGCUCAAUUUGCGGUUGAGGAUUUUGUGCAGUCUUCCACCGAUCGUGAAGUUGAGUCUUUGUUUGAGCUUCGCUGUGUUUGGCCGCCCCAGUUCUUUCAGGAGGCUCACAUGUCGGCGUGUGCGAGUGUUCAGAUCUUUUUGGCCCUAUCCCUCAGCUCACGAGUUUUCGAAUCAUGGUCGAUCGCACAACCUACACUGACUUGGCACACGCACCAGAUCUCCCUCUUCGCCAGAUCCUUGGGAGACAGCCGAUGCCAAUCUGCUCACGGUUGAAACCUUCUCCAUGCUCGGACACGAUCGCUGCCAUGUGGCUGCCCUGAUGUGUCGCUAACAUGUGUUGUUUUUGGAUCAGCGUGCAGCUGUUUGGGUCAAGCCGAGAAUGAGGAGAGGAGGACAGAGAACAGCUUUCGGCUCCGUCAGACUCUUUGCUGUUCCUGCAAAGAUUGUUGACUCUCCCUCCAAGCACGAUGAGGAUAUUCGUCAACAAUGUUGACAGCUAUGUUGGCAAGGCCCUAUGUGCGGAUUUGAGAAAAGUCUUCGGGCAGGACAACAGAAUUGUGGGUACACUAAGCCCAGGUGCUGAGGCAGAUGCAGUCUUCCGCGAUGUGAUGGGGGUGAAGAGGAUCGUGAGCCGCUCUGACAAGCAGAAAUAUACCGCUGACAUUCUUUCGUGCUCCCUUGUGGUUUAUGAUCUACACAGCGCUGAUGUAGAUGAUGUGGAAUAUGUGAUCAAGGAGCUCAAGGUUGCAGAGCUGAAGCACAACAUAACGUUUGUGCUGAUCUCUUCAGUGAUGGUAUGGGCAAAUACUCGAAAGCAGUAUGUGCCCGUGAAAGAUCCUGAUGAUGAAGAAGACCCUGCUGUGGAUCCAGAGGAAGGGGAGGAAACCGAAGUCAAGAAGCGCCCGAAAGAGUUGACUGACGCAGAUUUGGAGCGUCGUGUUCCUGCAGCAACUUACGAGGCGUGGAAAUACCUCGAGACCCUUACACUUUCACUAGGUUCAAAGGCAAAUUUGCGACCUCACGUGAUCGGAGCUGGUGUUUUGUAUGGAAAUGGUGAAACAACCUUUAAUGAGCUUUUCCAAGCUGCUUGGUUGACCCAGCCAAUCCACAAGAUCAUUGCUCCAGGUGACAACUACAUUCCUUGCGUCCACGUUCGAGACGUCGCGCGGUUGACCAGGGUAGUCGCUUCUGAUCACACUGUUGGGUCCUACUUGCUGGCUGUAGACCACUCUCGCCUGACUCAAGCCGACAUUGUACAGGGCAUCAUUGACCAAAUCUCACAUAAAAGGGAAGCGCCUAUAUGCCCAGCGGAGGAGGUCGAGUCAGAGUUCAAAGAAGUCAUGUCCCUGGACAUGAUCCUUGAACCCUCUGAGCCGCUCAAGGAUCCUCAGUUCUCUUGGUGGUGCCGUGAUGGGAUCAUCGCCAAUAUUGAGAAGGUGGCUGCGGAAUUCUGCAAAUGGCGCAAUCUCCGACCCAUCAAGAUGGUUGUGAUUGGACCGCCUGGGUGUGGUGCCGAGCGCCUGUGUGCUAGAGUGGCAGAGCGCUACUUGCACAAGGAGCCGCCUCACCUUACCUACGAUCAAAUCAUCAACGAUGCUUGCUCUGCGCCAACAAGAGCAGCUCGAAAGCUCAGCAAGAAGGUUCAGAAGCUCGCACAAAAGCCUGGCAAAAAGCUUCCUCUGAAGCUGAGGACAAAGCUUGUGCAGAAUCGCUUGCUCUCGAACGUUUGCCGAUACCGUGGAUACAUCCUCGAGGGAUAUCCGACCACAUUUGCAGAGGCUGAGGCGCUUUUCAUGGAGCGGGCCCGUGAAGAGGGAGAAGAGGAGGAGGAAGCUGAAGCAGAAGAAGAAGGAGAAGAGGAUGGAGAAGAGGAAGAAGUUGAAGAAGAGGAAGAAGAGGAGCCUCCACCUCCGCCAGAGGACCAAGAUGAUGAAGAGGAGGAACAGAGGCCAAAGUGGAGAGUCGCUGCAAGCUUGGUCCCUGAAUAUGGAGUGCUUGUCCAAAGUUCAGAGCCACGCUGCAAGGCCAGAAUCUUCGAUGGGGAAGCCAAGGGUCCCAGCAACGAAGAGGACUUUGCCAGGACUACAGAAGAGUAUCGGAGCGCCAAUCUCGCUGAGGAUGGUACUCCUAGUACUGCUGAGUUCUUCUCCGAACAAUGCAGCCUGAAUAUGCUGCCGAUCGAUCUUGAUCAGUGCAGUGAAGAAGAGGCUUUUCAGGCCAUCCGGGUCCACCUGGAGUCCAAGGGCCAGUUCUUCAACUACCUCAGGUCUGAGGAGGACCUUGUCCGUGAAGAGCAAGAAAAGCUGGCACGAAUCGAGGAAGAGCGCGAUAGCCUCAAGAAAAGAUGUUUGGAGGAACACGCAGAAAAAGAAGCUGCCCUCCGGCAAAAGUUAGCGGAUGAAGAGGAGAGCAGACGCAAGGUUAUCGCGAAGAAUGAAGCCGCCCAUUUGGAACAAGAGGCCCAGCCUUUGCGACAAUACCUGAUGGCUCAUGUCGUUCCCACUCUGACUGCAGGGCUGACUGAGGUUUGCAAGGAGCAACCUGAGGAUCCGAUUGAGUUCCUGGCGCAGUAUUUGUUUGCACAUGCGCAGGAGGUGCAGUCAGCAGAUUUGGGCGAGUGAAGCUUACCUGCCCAGGAAAGGUUUCACGUUUUCGAGCCAACGAAAGCUUUGGUUUCAUCCUUCUUCGGCGUAAACAUGCGCUGUGUCUCACAGCUCAGGCUUUAGAAUUUACUUGUUCC